AUGGAUGCUUCAGAGAAAACCAAACAUGGCACAACUAGUCACAGUCCACAUCUAUCCUUGAUCCUCCGGGUCUUCCUCGUGUUGGGCUUGGCGUCGCUGGAGUUCGAAGCGAACGCCCAGUUUCGCUUCCCGCAGCUGCCUUCCCCGCCCAGGAUCAUCUUCGGCGGGUUUAGGCCUUUCUUCCCACGCCCUCGACCCAGGCCUCGACCCCCGAGGCCGCCCUUCCUCGUUCCGUCCAGCCAGUUCCUCCAACAGCAACAACAGCAGAAUCGGUUCCCUCAGAGGCCGUUUUCGGGGCCCUUAGCUUCACUGUUUGACUUUGGGCGGCCACCUCGUCCUACAAGACCACAACGCCCACCACCUCCACCAUCACGCCGCCCUCCCUCUCCUCCCCUACCACCACUCCAGAGUAAUAGUAUCUCACCUCCCCUGACAUUUGGUCCACCUCCAGCGGCGCAGCAGUUUUCGCCAGCAAGACCAGCUCUGUCAGCGCCGCCACCAAGCUUCCAGCAGACGAAUGACCUGUCAUUCAGACCGCCACAGGUCGUCACUUCGCAGAAUCCCAUCAUCAGCGUCGACGGAUUCGGAGCUCCCCGACCCGAUUCGAUAGUUAGCAUAUCUCAGUUGCCUUCCCAGCAACAGGCUAGACCCCUUCUCCCUAGGCCGUCGCCUCAACCAUCCCCACAGCAGUUUACAGUAACUUUGUCCUCUUGCCCUCCACCUUUAAUUGGGCCAAGUUCCAAUAACAUUAUUGGCAUGACACCUCCGCCACCGCCUGCACCGAGCGUUCCACCAACCCCCCCGCCCACUCCACCGCCCCUCCCACCACAGACUACUGUGGUAGUGACGGUAACGCAGCCAUCAACCAUUGGGCCUCUCGUUCCCAUUACAGCACGGCCCAGUCGGCCACUGUCGCCUCCUUCCUCUAAUGCCUUGGAUGAUUUACUUGUGAAUCCUGUGCCUUCUCUAAAUGCCGGCAUUCUACCACUGGCAAACGAAAAGCCAUCAGAAACACAACUAUUCCCUCCGUUUACUUGAUCUGGAUGCCAUGUAGAAUUAGGCUAUAUCUUUAAUGUCUCAACCAAAUCACUGUAAUAAGUGUUAGAAUUUAAAAAGGUAGAAUUAUAAAAAUCUAAUAUCAGAACCACAAGUGCUGACACGACAAAAGUCUGGAGGGUUCUAACAUUCUGCUUUUAGUCACAAUUCGAUUAGGCUGUGAUUGCGGAGAAAUGGAGUUCUAAACAUGUGUUAGAGUUAUAUAGCUGUCCUUUGUCAAAGCAAAGGCAAAAAAGAUAAAAAGAAAGAGUUAUUGCGCCAACGAUCCUUUCACAGGAACUGAUAAUCAUAAGGCAGACUGUCUGAUGCUUCCUCUCUUCAUCUGCCACAUGCACACGAAAUUUGUCUGCUGUGCAUUUGGCACUUGAUCAUAGACAUCCGUCAGUAACGACGUUGAUUUAACAUAUAUUUUAAACCCCCUAUAUCUGUUAUAGUUAGAUUAAGUUGUGCUUAUUUGUACCUAAACCCUAUAGUCAUUUAAUUCUAAGUGGAUUGACAAACUGCUGCAUGACGAGCAUUCAUGGAUCGAGUGAGGUAAGGAUAAGGAUCGGUGAUCACUACCGCUUGUUACAGACUUCAGCGUUUUAUUAGACCGAUAAAGUGGAUCAGUCUGAUAGACCAGCUUUGGUCCGGUAGGAAGCCCUCCAAAAAUGCAGAGGAAAGGUAAAAAUGAGAUGUCGAGGUCUUGAAAAUAUUUAAAAAUUACUUUCUAAAGAAGGUGUUGUUGCAAACAUUAUAAAUGUAAGCAAUAAGAUAAUGACGUCUUGCUAUUUAUAAUAAUAAUAAUGGUACUUAAUCCUUGCGGUAGUGAUAAUUGUAGCUGAUAUUGAUUUCUUUAUUUUCCUACGACUAAAAAAAUGCACUAACGUGAUCUGUUUACUUCAAAUUAACUACUGAUUAUCAAUUAUUAAAAUUGGAAUUCAGUAUUUUAAAAAUUAUCUAAGUUCCAGUGAUAAAAUAUUUGAUGGUAAGUUACUGCAAAAGAUUUGGAGGAGCAUGCUGUAAUGUAUCUGGGUGUGCAGUUAACAUUGCCAUAAUCGUAAUUAUUAUGAAUAUUACUUGAGAACUGAAGUAACAAACUGAUAACUCACCCUAAGUGAGGUUGUUGUUAACUUUAUCUAACAAACUGAAAUAUCACAGAGUUACGGAGAGUAAAAUUACAGGAUACACACAUAAGUUGCAUUUAUCAAGCCUUGAACAGAAGAUUAGUCUUUGUGACAUAUAAGGCAAAGAUGACUUCUUCUUUCGGAUAUUGGUUUAAAAAUUAAAAAAGGAUAACGAGAAACGAGCGUAGGGGUGCGGCAGUGGCGGUGUUACCUUAAGGUUAUUGGCGUUACUGAGACAUAUUGCUCAAUAUUUACGCCUUUCUUCAUUCUUGAACAGGUCGAGCUCCUCCGUUCCUCAAAGAAACUAUAGUGAACGGAACCUUUUCAAGAUCCAGAAGUUUUUUUUUUUUUUCAUAUUUCCCUGUGAUAGAAAAAAAAGUUCUUCCUUUUUCCUAGUUUCCAAGCUCGAUACGAACCGAUGAAUACCGAUUGAGAACCUUGACCAAACGUCAUUUACUGAGUUCUUUAAAUGUUAUCACCAACUGCAUGAAUCUGUACAUUAUCAUAUAACUUGUAUAAACUGUAUAUUUAUUCUUUGUAAAGAAGGUAAUCGAUAUGCAAUUGUAUUUAAACUUGUCUUUAGUAAGGAAAGCACCACAUCAUUUCCUUCUUAUGUAUAAUAGGACCUUAAGUCAGAUUCUUUUGUUGCAGAAUAUAAUCUUGUA